GCAAUGACAUCGAACUAGUCCCAGACAGCUCACGAGAAUAGAAGUGACGAUUGAAGGGACAGUGGGGACCACUUCAUAUAAGAGAAGGUGAAUCCUAACGUCUCUUCUACAAAUAAAUCCGCCAGUGCUGACGAACGUUCGUCAUCCUCUCGAGUAAAACAAUGAAAUCGGAAGUUCAAAUUGACGAAAAUGGUGCGACUAGGUGUUCCCGAGAUCCUCAGAAAUUCCUGAAUGGAUAUAAGGUGCAGUAUCAAGGAACCUCCGAAUUAGUCGAAGAGUUUUCAGAUACGUUGAAGAACAUGCACGGAAUGUGUCUCGAUAUCGGAUGUGGUCCGGGGAUUUCGAUGAAAGAUAUAAUCCUGCCGAAAUUACCGAAGGAUACUCUCCUUGUUGGUGCUGAUGAAUCUGAACUUAUGAUCGAAUACGCCAAAAAGUGCUGCGAGGGGGAAAAGAGACUAUCUUUUCUGCACAUUGAUAUUGGAGGAAUGAGAAUUCCGGAACAGGAAAUUGAGAAGUACAAUAAUAUCGUAUCAUUUUAUUAUCUACACACUUUCCAAAAUAUUCAGCGAUCAGCGAGAAACAUGUCGAGGCUGCUCGCGGUAGGAGGUCAGGGACUUGUCAUGUUCCUCAGUCAUCAUGAUGUAUUCGAUCUGUUCAUGGAGUAUCGAUGUUAUCACGACUAUAAAAAAUACAUGGAGGAUGUAUUUCUGCAACUACCCGCUUUGUACGGAUUGCCGAACGCUGCGGACAUAGUGAAGGAUGAUCUGGAGACAGUAGGGUUGAAACCUAUCACUUGCGUUAGCAAAGAGCUAAGUUUCACUUACGACAGCAUGGACGAGCUUGAGAACACCCUAAUGGUGAUGGAUCCCUUCGUCGAUCGAAUGCCAAAUGGCGUCAGGGAAAUUUACACGAAACAAAUAACCGAGCAGUUUGCAAAAAAUAGAAUGAAGGAUGGAAAAAUUGUAGACACGUACAGAGUGGUAAUGGCGCUAUUCGAGAAAGUAGGAAAUUGAUCGAUAUAGUUUACGAAUUCAUACGUCAUGAUUUAAUUUAAAUACAUAAUGAUCUUCUAGGAAUAUUUUUUAUCGGUGAUAAAUUAUUCCGUCUGAAGGUGAUUAUUGCUGAGACGAUUGUUUAUUAAUUUUUGUCAUUGAUCGAUACCUUUUUUCUGACAUAUCAUGAGUUUUUAAAUUAUAACAUGCAAGAUGUAUGAAGGGAAGAUCGGAGGUCAAGGAGUACGUCUAUUAAUGAAAAUAGGGAAAAAUGGAGGAACUGAGCUCCGCUGAAGAGUUGAGCAAUAAAACAAUAUUUUUCUCUUUGGAUCAGAAUCUUAUUAACGGUGACUUUAUUACUUUACGCUAAAUGACUUUGAUUUUACAGUACGGUAUAGCCAUUUAUAUAUUUCGUUAUUAUCCACAGAUCAUCGUAAUAGUGAUAUACGUAAUUGUCUUACAACGGUAGCUUUUUCAUUUCAUACUGCAGGUAACAAUUUCACUAUUCUAAUUCACUAGAAAAAACAGUCGGUACUACAAUAGUGGUUUUUAUCGAUCUACCUAAACACUGAUUGGAUUUAUCUAAUUCUCCCCGAUUCCCUAAAAUCCAUAACUCAUUUUGAAGAAGUUUUGAACGGAUAAUCAACGUAAAAAAAUCAAAAACUCGCCUAAAUGGAAAAUGUUUUUCUCACAUCUGAACAUGAAACGACUACGUGGGGAAUGGAAUACAGAAUUACAGAUAAACUCUGGACUUUGAGCCAAAAAUGAAAAUUAUUUAUCGAUUACUGUAACUGGUACCUUUCCUCUAUAUUCCCCAGGGGCUCCUCAACAACAUGAAAAUCCAUUUAACUCAUACUAUUUUAUUGUUAAUAUCGAAUGUCUUAUCGAUACUUUUGCGAGUGCAAUUUCAGUUAUGAUACAUCGUGGAUUUAUCCGCUUAUGAAUAACCAUUACGAUUUAAAUCCACCUCUUACGAUAUAAUCAUAAUUUUAUUCAAAUAUAGUCACUUAUCUCGAUAGAAGCGAACAUCGAACAUCGAAGAAAUUUGUCACAUUAUUGAUAUUAAUUUUAUAAUUUCAUAUAACUCGAAAAACGCAUCGAGAAGGGGAUUGGGAGAAUUUUUUUUUCUCUCGUGUACAGAAAAAUUUGGAGGGGGGUGGGGAUGUUCGAGGGCAAGGCACAAGUGAGUCAGAGGAAAAUUAUCGGAUGAUUUCUACCACCUUGUCUCUCACUAUUAUCUCAAAAAAAUUUCGUCCAUUUGUUUGGCGUAUAAUUUCCUCCUAAAUCAAUGACAGAAUGGCCUCUACAAUUUCGACGAGUGAAUUUUUCCGAAUCACCACACAAAUUCAAUUUUUUUUUCGACAAAAUAAAACCGGUGUAAUUUUUAAUCCAACGAAUAAAGUAUCGCUUAAUCA